UUGGUGUAGUUUCUAUUUUUCAUCUCACAGGGGCGCUGUUGGCAUAUAAACUGAGAUUCAAAUGCAUGGGGGAUGCUUUUUUUCUGUUCUUUGUCCUGCCCUGUGUUGGCCAUUGCAGACAUUUAACAGUCAUAGCUGGUGCGGCAAACAGUGAGGACUGACUGUAUUUUAUGGAAAUUGUUUUGCAGUGUUGCUUUUUUUCCUUCAACACAUAUGUUCGUUGAUUGCAUUUGGAUUAUUGGAUUAUAAUUUCUGGAGGGGGAAAAAAAAGGACACCCGGACUAAACAAUGAGACGGCAAGUACUGUUGUUUCUCUCGGCUUUGUGCCUUUCAUAUGUGCUGGGCCAGGUCAGCUAUUCCAUCCCUGAAGAAAUGUCCAAAGGCUCCGUGGUUGGUAACGUAGUGCAUGAUUUAGGUCUAGAUCUUAAGAGGAUGAGAUCUGGCAAGGCUCGUGUGUAUACCGGCCGCAGUGUGGAGUACAUUGGCCUGAAUAGAGAAAGAGGAGUCCUCCUUGUACAAGAGAGGAUAGACAGGGAGGCUUUGUGUGGAGAGAACACGCCGUGUGCUUUGCAUUUCCAGCUCAUUUUGGAGAAUCCAAUGGAGCUGUUCCGUGUUACAGUGGAGAUCACUGACAUAAACGACAACACGCCCAGUUUUACCAACGCUGAAAAGCGUGUUGAAAUCAGUGAGUCUGUCGUCAUAGGAUCCAAAUUCAUACUAGAGAAAGCCAUCGAUUUGGACAUCGGCAUGAACGGCUUACAGCAAUACACACUCACCCCCACUGACAACUUUGCCUUGAAAUUAGAGAAUGAGGCAGAUGGAAGUAAGAAGGUAGAAAUGGUGCUGCAGAAGCCUCUCGAUCGAGAAAAGCAGAAUGAUAUAAGACUUUUGCUGACUGCUAGUGAUGGAGGCGAGCCGCGCCUGUCAGGCACCGUGCAGAUAUUUGUUCAUGUACUCGACGCCAAUGACAACGCACCCACAUUCGAAAAACGUAUUUAUAAAUGCAAAAUACUUGAAAAUGCUGCCAAGGGAACAAGUGUAACAACUGUGAGUGCUUCUGAUAAAGACAUUGGCGCAAAUGGAGACGUAUCAUAUCUAAUAUCUCCAAGCAAACGAUUUUUAGCGGAUAUUUUUAAUAUUAACUCCCAAACAGGCGUGAUCACCCUCGUAGGUGACAUAGACCAUGAAAAGGUGACGUCCUAUCAAAUCGACGUGGAAGUGGUGGACACGGGAGGUCUGUCUGACUCAUCGAAGGUGGUGGUUGACGUGGUCGAUGUGAACGACAACAGCCCUCACAUUAAUACUGUUUCUAAAUCAGACUCAGUAUUAGAAGACUCGCCUCCUAACACUGUUAUUGCAAUGUUAAGUGUGAACGAUCCAGAUUCUGAAAAUAAUGGGAAGGUAGAGUGUGUCAUUGAUGAUAACACUCCCUUUAAAAUACAAUCUUCAUUGAAUGGAUUUUAUACUUUGGUUACAGAGGUAGAUUUAGACCGAGAGAGGUCGAGUGAGUAUAACAUCACAGUGAUGUGCUCUGAUGAGGGAGUGCCCUCCCUCUCCAGCAGCGUCACUCUCACCUUACACAUCUCAGAUGUGAACGACAACGCACCUGUCUUUGAGAGGAGCUCAUAUGAGGCCUCCAUUGGAGAAAACAACACUCCAGGUCUUUCUAUAUUCACAGUGAAAGCCAGAGACGCUGACUGGAACCAGAACGCUCGCCUCUCUUACAUGCUGGAGGACUCCUCUGUUAACGGAGUGCCAGUCUCCUCAUAUGUGUCUGUUAGUGCUGAUAGUGGAGUCAUCCAUGCAGUGCGCUCUUUUGACUACGAGCACCUGAAAGAGUUUCAUUUCCGCGUCAGAGCUCAGGAUGGAGGUUCUCCUCCUCUCAGCAGCAACGUGAGCGUCCGCGUCCUGAUCCAGGACCAGAACGACAACGCCCCCCAGGUCCUGUACCCGGUCCAGACGGGCGGCUCGGUGCUGGCUGAAAUGGUGCCUCGUUCAGCAGAUGUGGGCUACCUGGUGACUAAAGUGGUGGCUGUUGAUGUGGACUCUGGACAGAACGCCUGGCUCUCCUAUAAAGUGCACAAAGCCACAGACAGGGCGCUGUUUGAAGUGGGCCUACACAAUGGAGAAAUAAGAACUGUCCGCCAAGUCACUGAUAAAGAUGCUGUCAAACAAAGACUGAGUGUUCUAGUGGAGGACAACGGGCAGCCCUCUCGUUCAGCUACAGUCAUUGUUAACGUGGCGGUGGCGGACAGCUUCCCUGAAGUGUUGUCAGAGUUCACUGACUUUAGCAUGCACGACAAGGAGUACAAUGACAAGCUGACUUUUUACUUAGUCUUGGCUUUGGCUGUAGUCUCCUUCCUCUUCAUCACCUGCUUGCUGCUCAUCAUAUCAGUCAAAGUGUACAGGUGGAGACAGUCUCGCGUCCUGUACCACUCCAACCUCCCUGUCAUUCCAUAUUAUCCACCACGUUACUCAGACACUUUGGGGACAGGGACUCUCCAACACGUGUACAAUUACGAGGUGUGCAGGACCACCGACUCCAGGAAAAGUGACUUUAAGUUGGACGGAGCUGCUAGUCACAACGUGCUGGUGAUGGACCCCAGUUCUACAGGAACCAUGCAGAAGAUACACAGUGAAAGGAACAUCCUGGAUGAACCUGACUCUCCUCUAGAGGUUGGUCACUAA